CCUCGAGUCAUUGAAACAAAUGUUUAUCUCUCGUGCAAAACGCACAGGUUUUGUUGCAGAAAUGAACAGGAUUUAAUCAGUGACAAUAUAGAAAUAGGCUUUAAAUAACUAUCAUGAAACGUAUUGGGGACGUAUGUACUUCUUCACGCCGUCACCCACCCAGGAUGCAGUUGCUUGUAGUAUCACCUGGAACUAGAGAAUACCGCCACUAUUUUGGCUCACCAUCUCGCCAAAUCGGCUCCAGUUUUAAAGGCCGUACACCACCGAAAACCCGACUGAAUCGAGAGGCAUGGAACGAAGCUCGACCUAGACGCAGUUUACGAGAAAAAUGCUUUACGAAUCCGAAGACAUCGUAUUUGAACACAAACGAAGUUCUAGUUUCACAUGUGAUUUCCCCGGACGAAAUAUAUGUCCAACACACGUGUUCGAUGGAAUCUCUACAGAUUAUGAUGGAAGAAAUCCAAACAUCAGCAGUCAAUUGCAAAUCAAUUUCAGUGCCUUUAACAGGAAUGAGUUGCCUCGCCAAGUGGCCCUACGACGAAUGUUAUUACCGAUGUCGAAUCACCGAUGUUACAGAAAGCGACACUGGAGUCCAUUUCGUUGACUAUGGAGAUGAAAUUCGGGUCAAUCGAUCUCAGAACGCGUGCAAAGUUAUCGAUGCGGCUUUUAGCUGCCGCCCAUUUUUUGCUUACAAAGUAAAAUUAGCAGACGUCACUCCUCGCAGUCAAAGAGGGAUGUGGGAAGAAGAAACAAAACAAAAGCUUAUCAAUUUUUUUGAUAAAAAAUCCAAUGUCUUCAUCAUGGAAGUAGUGGAAGACGUGAUGGAUUCAGUUAAAGUGGUUAAGCUUAAGUGUCCUGAUGGAAAAGAUUUAAGCUGGCACUUUUUCCAACUGGGAAUUGUUGAUCUCAUCAAGAAGAUGCCACUAGAUUAUAUGAUACAAAAUGACAAUGUCGGUGAACCGCAAAAGGAGGACUCUAAUGAUAAAUUACCACAAAUCGAAAAUGUUGGUAUUGUACAAAACAAGUCAGAGGACCUAGUACGUGAAAAUGGUUACUCUCCUCACGAGGGAGCUACCGAUAACCUUAGGCCAAUCGAUACAAGAAAAGCACCGAACUUAGAUGUUCUCACGUCAGAAAGCAUGAUGCCCGUUAACGUUACUGCGCCUGCAGAAGAUUCUUUAUCGACCGAGUGCUCUGGAAUGGAAAUUUCUCAAACAAUGCUGGACGUUCCAGUUGCAACAAAGAAAGAAGUCGUCUGCAUCUCAUUAGAUGAAAGUGAAGAUGAAGAAAACGUGGAAACAGACAAGGAAAUAGAAAGUUAUGUAGAUUACGUAGCUGUUAAAAUUGAAGGAGCGCGGCAUCCCAAUCCGAUCGUUGAAACUACUUCAUUGGCCAGUGUGAACUCGCCAGACAUCUGGUAUAAACUAUCACUUCCUAAGAAAUGUAUAGACAGUGGAGCACUUUCAGCUAUGCAGUUGGAAGCAAUCACCCAUGCGUCUCAGAGGCACGAACGGAAGUUACCAGAUGGCUCCCGCGCUGGAUACCUUGUAGGAGACGGCGCUGGUGUCGGUAAAGGUCGAAUUGCUGCUGGCAUUAUUUUCGAGAAUUACCAACAAGGACGCUACAAAGCCAUAUGGAUCUCAUCAUCAAAUGAUCUCAAAAAUGAUGCCGAGCGGGAUUUGCAAGACAUUGGAGCCCGUGAAAUCGCUGUUCAUGCCUUGAACAAAUUGAAGUACCAAAACGUAUCUACCGGAGACACUUGUUCUUCAGAAAUCCCGGAAAAGGGUGUAUUAUUCUGUGCCUACUCGAAUUUGAUCGGGGUCUCCAGAUCCGCUGAAACUAGCCUGACCCGCCUUGAUCAGCUGUCAAAGUGGUUUCAUGAAGAUUUUGAUGGUGUCAUCAUCUUUGAUGAAUGUCAUAACGAAGGGAAAGCGCUGGCUAUCAGCAAGAUAAGUAAAACAGAUUUGGCCGUCUCUGUGUUGCAGAAAAAAUUGCCAAAUGCGAGAGUAGUCUAUAUUUCUUCGACUGGAUUUUCAGAACCCCGCAAAAUGGCGUAUAUGGUACGUCUCGGUCUUUGGGGACAGGGUACAUCGUUAAGAGAGUUUAGCAGCUUCGUUUUAGCCGUCGAAAAAAGUAAGGCGAACGAUGUUGAAGUCAUGGUGCGAAAAAUGAAGCAAUGCGGGAUGUACAUUGCUCGCCAACUUUCUUACAAGGGCGCCAACGUUAAAAUCAAAGAAGUGGUUCUGUCGCCAAAGCUGGCCAAGGUGUAUGGCAACUCUAUUAAGUUGUGGACUGAGUUCCGAAAGUGUUUUGCAGAGGUGGCAGAUCUCGUAAAUGCCCAACCAAGAGAACGCCAAACAAUGUGGACGCAAUUUUGGUUGGCACAUCAGAGGUUUUUCAAGUGCCUGUGCAUCUCGGCUAAAGUAUCAUAUGCGGUCAAGAUAGCUAGUGAGGCUGUCAGAUGUGGUAAAUGCGUCGUGAUUGGCCUCCAUUCAACGGCCGAAGCACGCACACUUGAGCAGACCAAUAGCCAAGGUGAACUAUCGGAGUUUGUUUCACCCACGAAAAGGAUCUUGCUGUCGUUAAUCCAGAAGUAUUUCCCAGCGACAAGUCGUUCAAAAGGCGUGUCAAGUAGAAGUGCCACUUUAAGAGAUGUACUGGAUGUAAGCCUAACAUGUCAGAAAGGAGGCCAUGAUUUAGGAAGUUGUGGAACAAAACGGAAACGUUGUAUGCGGCGCACCGACAAGAGUGAAACAAAGAAGAAAGCCAAUCCAGCCGACCAUACUUCAGAUUAUGAAAUGAGUGAACAGAAUGAUGAAACAAACGAAGAGCUCGAAAAGUCGGAUGAAGGGAAGGAUAAAGAUCCUAUGAGUUUGCAUGAGAAGACGUCUUGGAUCAAGGAGCAACUGCUGGGAGAAAUCGAGAAGCUUGGAGCUAUGCUUCCACGAAAUGUCCUUGAUGAACUCGUCGACGAAUUGGGAGGCCCUGAAAACGUGGCAGAAAUUACUGAACGAAAAGGACGUGUCGUUCAGAAAAAUGAUGGCUUGGUACAGUACGAAUCUCGUUCGGAGACUGGCGUCCCGUUAGAAAAGAUCAACUUGCACGAGAAAGAACGUUUUAUGAAUGGCAACAAGAACAUUGCCAUUAUUUCUGAGACUGUCAGCAACGGAAUCUCACUUCAUGCUGAUCGACGAGUGAAAAAUCAGCGUACUCGCCUCCACAUUCCACUUGACUUGUCUUUGGAUAGUGACCGGACAUUGCAACAGCUGGGUCGGACACACCGCAGUAAUCAAGUUACAGCUCCUGAGUAUGUUUUCUUAGCCUCAGAUUUGGCCGGUGAGAGGCUUUUUGCAUCAGUCAUCGCCAAUCGUCUCAUUAACCUUGGCGCAGUUGCACGUGGCUCUGUUUUUGAAAUGUCUGGUCGCUUCAGAUUUGAUUUUGACACAAAAGAUGGACGGGCAGCGCUUGAUGCUGUAAUGAACGCAAUACUUGGUUUUGAAGAACCCAUAGUUCCACCUCCUGUUGAUUAUCCAGGAAAUUUUUUCAAAGAUUUGAAAGUUGCCCUAAUUAGCGUUGGACUGAUUUGCCCUAGUGAAAGGAAUGCAAAGGCUUUGACACUGGAUAAAGAUUACACCAAUAUUUCCAAAUUCCGUAAUCGGAUUCUUGGUAUCCCUAUCGAACUUCAGACCAAAAUUUUCAAAUAUUUUACGGAUACUAUCGCAGUAAUCAUGACUCAGUCCAAAAAAUUGAAGGUGUUUACCUUGGUCAUUGGCUACACGAAGGACAGAAUCAAUAGCGGAGUUCUCGCUUCGCAUGCCCAAUGAGAACGACCUCUCAGUAUGACCAAGCAUCGUGACGCUAAUAGCGUGGAUCACCUUGUCAACCUGAUUGGAAUUCUGGUGGAUGGUGCGCUACGUGCAAGAUCGCGUUGAUGGAAUCUAUUGCAGCCUUCGUGAUUUGAUUAGUUGUGGUGCAAACGAUAAAAAUCACGAGACAGCCUUGGUAUGCGGACGAGGAAUUCAGGAUUGCUAAUAUGGGAAAGUAAGGACAACAGACUAAUCUAUUUUUAUCAUUUCU